GAUAGAUGGAAGGAUCGGCCUAUCUUUGGAGGAAAGAGAUUUCAUGAUUAUACUCCGUUAAAUGCGAAGGUGGCCGAAGUCUUGAUGGCUAUGAAGAAGGGGAUAGAUGGGAAAGAUGUGACGUGGCCGAGGUCGAGGUUCGAGGGACCAACUCAGCCUAAGUCCAGGAGAUAUUGCCACUUCCACAAAGACUUUGGCCAUACCACUGAGGAUUGUUUACACCUCAAAGACAAAAUCGAGCAUCUUAUCCAAGCAGAGCAUCUCAAGGAGUUCGUUUAUCAGGAUAGGUUGAGUGGGAAAGAGAAGAGGAGGUGCCGAGAGGAAUCGGUGGAGAGGAGUGAUCGCGAUGAAGAUGAUGAGAAGGAUCCUCGAGGAG